AGAGAGAGAAACAGAGGGAAGAAGAGCUGGGGCGUAAAGAAGCGCAUUCUUCGAGCAUUUUUCGAGCGACGUCACCGGAAUUGACGCCAAAUGACGACUUAGAAACAAACACACCAAGUAGACAUGAGAGUGAUGCCUUGCAAAACGGGUAAAUUGAGCUGAUGGGGGAGCGGGCAGUGAGUGACUAAGUGAUCCGCAUUGUGCGCAGGUGCGCUGUUUUCAGCAAGGAGCCGAAUCGGUCCAAAGAGUAAAGUGAGGAAAGAUUUCAUUCCCAGGAUUAUUUAUUCACCGCUCCACCGAAGCAAACUUUAUCCGCGUUUGAACUUGUCGUGCUUUCGAUUUGCGGAUGAUACAACCAAAACAAUCAGUCGCUGUGGACUGACAGCAUCUCCACAAACUCCACGUGUUUCUUUCUUUUUUUUUUUUGCACUUUGCACGUGUUGAUGACAAUGAAGGGAUAUGUGCAACGACCGUUUAAUUUGUCUCAGGAGAGACAAGGCAGGUGAGCGGAGAGGAGAAAGAAGGACAUAGGAGAAAAACAUCGCAGCGGAGUCGGUGGCGUUAAAGCUGCCGUCUCAUAGUUCUUGUGGCUUUCCCCGCUUUUACACCCGAUCCUUCAGAACACAGAUCUGGACGCGCACCGGGAGGACUUGCCUUGACAACCUGGGCCAGUGGGAGGUGACUGUCAGAAGAAAUGCCGGUCCUAGGUGCCCUAGUACAUCACCACCGGGACCAUGGCAACUCAUUGGCCUGUGAGAAAAGAGGAGUGCUCCCAUGGAUCUGCCUUUCUUGCUAGAUGGUCGGCAUCCUCCUUGAUGCUUCUAUGGUUGUCAUGGGUGUUCUUAUGGCUGCUGUGGCCCAUCCGAGCUGAGCAAGUGGCCAGCGGGGGUCAUGCGGGCAAAGGGCUCCAUGGUUCCCUGUCGUCUCCCUCGUCAUCUUCCUCCUCCUCCUCUCCCUCCAGUUCCUCAGCCUGGGGCUUCAACACAAGACAGAGUGGAGGGCAACUGGACUGGCUGCUGUCAGAAAAAGGACCUUUCCACCGUUGCCCUGAGUACACCGAGUUCAGAGAGAGGUUCCACCAGGGAUUUUCUACCAGAUACAAGAUCUACAGGGAAUUCAGUCACUGGAAAGUAAACAGCCUGGCUACAGAGAAGAGAGACAUCUUUAAAGCUCCUUUGCCAUUAGCACCAGAGUUCCUACGCAACCUGCGAUUACUGGGGCGACGGCCAACCUUGCAGCAAAUCAACGAAAACCUCAUCAAGAAGUAUGGAACCCAUUUCCUGGUGUCUGCUACCCUAGGAGGGGAGGAGUCAUUGACUAUUUUCUUGGACAAGCAAAAGCUGAAGAAGAAGUCAGACGGCAAUAGCAACAGCACUGUGGUGUCCCUGGAGCUGCUCCAUCAGCUUGCUGCUUCAUACUUCACAGAUCGGGAAAGCACUCUAAGGAGACUGCACCACCUCCAGAUCGCCACUUCAGCAAUUAAGGUGACUGAAACAAGGACCGGUCCUCUCGGCUGCAGUAACUAUGACAGCUUGGAUUCAGUUAGCUCUGUGUUGGUGCACAGUCCAGAAAAUAAGAUUCAUCUAAAAGGCUUGCAAGAUGUCUUGCCAGAGUUUCUGCGUGGGCGUUUUGUGGAGGCAGCACUCAGCUAUGUGGCAUGUAACUCGGAGGGCGAGUUGCUGUGCCGCAGCAAUGACUGCUGGUGCCGAUGCUCUCCUCGCUUCCCUGAGUGCAAUUGUCCCUUUGCCGAUAUCAAGGUUAUGGAGGAAAACCUGGAGAAAAGCAAAGAGGCCUGGAACAGUUUCAACCAAGACUUUAUUGAAUCAGAUGAAUUCAAGGCCUUCCUGAAACAAUUACCCACUGAUCAAUUCUUGAAUGUUUCCAUGAUUGCCAAGUAUUGGUCAGCUGACUUAUCUCUCCAGAAGCGCUAUGCUCAUCUCGAGUCCAGCACAGCCUUGGUCCUGAACAAAGCUCAGAAAAUCAUCAGGAAAUUGUUCACCCUCAGCAAACGAUGUCCAAAACAACCUCGAAUCAGUCUCCCCCGAGAAAGGUCGAUAGCCUUUUGGUUGAACAAGGCUCAAUCCCUUCUGUACUGCAAUGACCAUGGAGUACUGGGAUCAUUUGCUGAGGAAGUGAAGCGAUGCAGCUGUCCUGUGGAGCAGCCAACCUGUCAGGGUGCCAUUCCCUGUCUUGUUGACGCCUCCUUCACCUCCUGCUCUGCUUGUGCUGCUGACAAUGUAACCCGCUGUGGAUCCUGCCACCACGGCAAUCUCUUACACCUUGGUUCCUGUCGACCGAGCAUCGCUACGUCCUUGGACCACUAUCUGAACUUUGAUCUCGACAUGCCGGAUGCUGAGGUGAAGUACCUACUUCAGCAGCUUGAUAGCAGAAUUGAGGUCCAUGCCAUUUACAUUAGCAACGACGUCCGUCUGGGAAGUUGGUUCAACCCUGCUUGGAGAAAGAGGAUGCUGCUUACUCUCAAGAGUAAUAAAAAUAAGUCAAAUCUUAUCCACAUGUUGAUGGGCAUGACUUUCCAGAUAUGCUUAACGAAAAAUUCAACACUGGAGCCAGUGCCAGCAAUUUACGUUAACCCUUUUGGGGGAAGUCACUCAGAAAGUUGGUUCAUGCCUGUGAACCAGCCUGAGUUCCCCAACUGGGAGAGAACUCGACUGGACUUUGUGACAACUGCACAAUGCUUCAACUGGACAUUGUCACUGGGCAACAUAUGGAAGUCCUUCUUUGAAACCGUGCACAUCUACCUGCGAAGCCGCAUUGUCACAGAUGAUCCAACAGUGAACGAAACUCUAUUCUAUGAACCGUUGGACAUGGAUGACCAGACGUCUAACAUGGGUUAUAUGAAGAUCAAUACUCUGAAAAUCUUUGGAUACAGCAUGCACUUUGACCCUGAGGGCAUUAAAGAUUUGAUACUCCAGCUGGACUACCCAUAUACACAGAGUACACAGGAUGCUGCCUUUUUGAUGUUACUGGAAAUGAGGGAUCGCGUUAACAGGUUGGCCCCGCCAGCGCCACAGCCACUCGACCUGUUUUCUUGUCUUCUGCGUCACCGACUGAAGAUGUCAGCUGGUGAGGUAGUGCGUAUCAAGGAAGCUCUUCAGAUCUUCAACUCAAAGCUCCCCAAUGCCUCUCCUGAACCUGAGCUGGCUCAGCUCUGCAGCUAACUAGCUUAACUCUCAGGGCAGGGCUGGACUACCCUGCUAAGGAGAUUCAGGGAUAUUAUUGGCAUGAGGAACGUGGUUUCCAGCAAACCUUGGACCUUAUCAGAAUCGAUAUAUCACAAUGACGUGACAAAGUCUCUUGGCUGAUUUUCCAGUGUUGUUUGAAUCAUGAGGGUUAUGACUAUCAGAGGCCAUCGAUCAAGGCAUGAUUUCGACCUCUUGGAGAACAUGAAGUUCAAGUGCUCUCCUGAACUUGCCUGGAGGCUUAAUUUUGCUAUAACUGCCUUUCUUACGGCAAACUACAUGAUAGCUGGGAGAGUCAAGUACCUAACGCCUAUGUCUUGUAAAGAGAAAUGUGAUUGUGAUGUAUAGAGGGAUUCUUGAUGGAUCAACAUUAAUGAUCUAAUAGAGGAAGAUUGUCCUAACCUAUUUUCUUUGGUUAGGGAACAAUCUAGAGAGGAGAAUAGUGGAUAAAAAUCAAAUGUGCAUUGAAUCGAUGUUAUGCUUACAUUUUGAUAACCCCAACCGUGUUACUAUCAUUGAAUAUUUCCUCCCAACCUUUUGACUUUCUUUUUUUCAGACAUUUGAAAAUGUGUAUCUAUGCUGAACAACCGAGAAGUCUGUUAGUGUUAGCUCUAUAUUUGGUGAUGUGUCUUUACCAGAACAAAAAAGGUGAACACAUUGGCAACGCAAAUAGCAACAUAGCUUAUAUGUUUCUUUUUAUUUUUCUUCUUUUGAAAUGAAAACCUAAGGAAAUUAUGAUGUGGUUAUUAAAAAAAUAAUUGCGGGUACAGUGCUGUAAAUAAUGCGCCAUCUAACUUGACGUGUGAAUAUGUGCACAUUGCUUUUUAGAUAACCAAGUGGAAAGACAAAAAAAAAAAAGAAAAAAAAGACAGAAAUGUUUAUAACAACUCAUGCCUUAUAUGGAGUAAGUGUUGUGAGAAGCACAUUUUGUUUUGGUGUUUGAUUUCCUGGCAGGUGAUGUAUUCCUUUUAAGAUUUCCAGUUUUCUAUCAGUAAAAACACAUCCUUCAAGUUAAUGUGCUUUUCCAUGUACAUGCUGGCCACAUUGCACCAUUUGCUUUGAAUACGGUAAUGUAAUUAUUCAGCAAAGGUCCUCUUGGUCCAAUUAUAGAUGCUCUCACACCUGGAGUGGUUAUAUUUCUAAAAAUAUCGUAAAGUUUUUGAUAUUUUUAUUGACUCACAAAGUGACAGGUUCAGCAUUAUCAUCUGAAAAUUAUAACUUUUUUUAUGGUUUCUGAAGGGCAAUGAUGGUUAUUCUGAGAACUUCAAACAACACAGCGCCUUGUAAGAGUUAUUAUUAUUAAUAUUAUUAUUAUUAUUCUAUUCUGUAUUUAAAAAAACAAACAUUUUUUCCUCAUUUCCAGCUGUUUAUCUGUUUUCAGCUUGCUUAAAUCAGAAAUCAAGUGGCUCGUUUGUUUGAAAUUUUUUACAGUGCUCUAGAUUCUUUUUUUAAUUCUGAAGUCCACUCGCCACUAUAACGUCACCAUCCACCUAAACUGAACAGUGUAAUAAAUAAUUCAGGCCCACGAUGUAUUUAAUUCUGUCCAAAAACUGUUGCAAGUUCAUUUGAACCCAUUAUUUUACAACAUUUCCAGCAAACUGUAUUGUAAUAAGUGCCGCCAUGAAUGAAAUAGGUUGUUAAAUAGAAGCGCUACCUGAAUGAAAAUUAAACCGCUUCAUUAAAGGAUGAAGCAAAGUAAGGUGUAACAUGGUGCCGCACCAAGAAUACGGACAGCUGGGGCUGCUGGGAAUUUUGCGCCUAUCACCCCCCCAUGUGUUUCCCCACAUUAUCCCAAAACAUUUUCUCUGUUUAGACCUCCAUCUGCCAGGUUCCUCUGAGCCAACCACACUCACAUUUUUUCCUCUUUUAAAUAUCAGUGUUUUCAUUUGCAUUACUCCAUGUUGUCCACCCCCUACUAGUCACUUAUCUCAUUGGUCCUUGGUAAACCAUCUGGAAAGUUCCAUCUCCAUCUGUUGGCCUUGCUCCACCACCCACAGCCCAGGAGUAUUUCUUUUCCUCAAGUUCUGGAGCUUAUUUAAUAAUGUUACAACAUGGCAUUGAUGUCUUAUCGCCAAAAAAUCCUCUUGUUAUAUUAUUACAAUAA